AGACCACUUUCAGUUUGACAGACGUGUCGCUGUUGAUUUUGAUGUCCAGUUUGAUAAUACGUGGAAAGUUUAUUUUGUUCCACAACACAGAAUCGGAACCACGAAGCGACGAUGAACGAAGCGGACAUUCCAAUCGAUAUCCACGCAGGCAAGCUGCUGGAUUGGCUCGUGUCCCGUCGGAUCGUCGACAAAAACUGGCAUCUUCACAUACGCAACAUCCGGAACAAAAUAAGCGAAGCGAUCACGGACAUGCCAGCGCAUGAUGAACUCUUGAAACUGCUGUCCGGCGCACAUAUAAACUACUUUCAUUGCCGACAAAUUGUGGAGAUUUUAAAAACCACCGAAGCCGACUCGAGGAACGUUUUCGGACGGUACGGCAGCCAGCGGAUGAAAGACUGGCAGGAAAUCAUCAAAAUGUACGAGAAGCAAAACCUCUACCUGGCCGAAGCCGCCCAAAUUCUCGUACGAAACAUUAGCUACGAAAUUCCGGGCAUUCGGAAGCAGAUCAAACAUCUCGAGCAGCUGAGCGAAGAGGCUGAGAAGAAGGUCGAAGAUCUUGGCCGAUCGGAGAAAACAGUAUACGGAGAGUAUCAGCACAUUUGCAAGCAGCUUUCCGUGUCCGGGACGAACCUAAGGAAGGAGCUGGUAGAGAAGGUGUUUAGUGAGUUGCCCGGAUUGCUGGAAAGCGUUGCCACUUCCGUGGGUCCUCUGAGAAAGGCGAUUGAGUUAUACGCUGCGUUUGUGAACGAUACCGAGUGUUUGCCGCUGCUGAAGCACGUUAUCAGCAAAGGUAACACGACGGUGUACGAGUACGUGUAUGGCGAGCCACCAUUGUCGGUGGAGGAACCCACCGUAACGUUCGACUUGACAGAUUCAGCGGAAGAAUCUGGUGGUGGUGCUGUAGAUGCGAUCGAUUUUGGGAACGAUGGUGGUAUUAUAGAUUUUGGGACUGACGAAAAUAUCGAUUUCGGUGACGCCCUUGGCGCAGACCAGGAAGCAGGGGAAAUCGAUUGGGGAGCCCCGGGGGAAGAGGAGUUGGUCAACGAGGUAGACGCGAACAUUUCACUCGCAGAGAGUGGCAUCGUGGUGGAGGAAGAUGGUAAUGCAGGCGGUGUCGCCAAGGGUCCAGAAGCGUACACAGUGCUGGAUUCGCCCACGUAUCGUGAUCGCUUCAUGAACGAUCUACUGGAGCUGGAAGCUUUCUUGCGGAUGCGACUGUAUCAACUGGAAUGUGCCGACAAGACCCAACUCCUUACCUUCACGAUGAUGGACAGCUUUCCGGAUCACGAUGUUAAGUCACUUACUGCCAUGCUUGCCGUCGUGGAGGUCGCUUACGGGGCGCUCACUGCGGAGUUGCUGCAGCAUUUGCAGCAAAUUAAACACUCGCCAGAGUACGUUGAUAUUUUAACUGCCAACAUCCAUCAGAAAUUGUCAUCGAUCGAGAAAAUGAAAGACACGGUUAAACGCCUCCAGGAGAAGUCGAUCAAUUUUAGAGCGCAAAGCGUGGGCCUAAAGCCAACGCAGCUGAAAAUCAUCGACCAGACCCGUACACUCCAGCAGCAGAUCGAGCUGGACAUUUCGGGACGUUACAAACAUCGUACCGUGAACCUUUACGGCACUAAUCUGUAAGCUGGCCGGGAUGUGCAUUAGAUUUUGUUGACUUUUUAAUUAUUACAAAUAUAAAAG